AGCAGGACGAGGCGAGGUGAGUACACUGAGGCCGCUCUUCUGUCUUGUUAAUUUGGCAAGAUGAUAUGGUUGAGGGUGGUAGCGUUGGUGUCGUUGUGGUGCGCACUUACCUCCGCACAGAGUAUACAGGAGUUGCAGGCGUUGUUUGAGCAGGCAGUGUUGGGAACCACUUCAGGUACCCAAAAACCAGCUGCUGCAGGCUCUAGCAGCUCUACGGGACAGCUUCCAGGCUCUGGUGGCUCCACGGAACCGGUUCCAGGCUCCGUUGGGUCAGUUGGGCAGUUACCAAGCUCUGAUGGGUCAGGACAGUUUGCAAGUCCCGGUGGGCCUUCUGGACAAUUCCCAGGCUCUGGUGGGUUUGGUGGACAGUUUCCAGGAUCCGGCGGGUCGUCUGGACAAAUCCCAGGCUCUGGAAACCAGUUUACCGGGAGUCAGUUUCCAGGCACGGGUGGAUUUGGAGGGCAGUUUCCAGGCUCUGGUCGACCCGGAAACCAGUUCCCCGGUAAUCAAUUUCCAGGCUCUGGUCGACCUGUAAGUCAAUUUCCCGGAAGUCAGUUUCCAGGUUCAGCCGGAUUUGGAGGGCAGUUCCCUGGAAAUCAAUUUCCAGGUUCUGGUAGACCUAUAAGUCAAUUUCCCGGAAGCCAAUUUCCGGACUCAGGUGGAUUUGGAGGGCAGUUCCCUGGAAAUCAAUUUCCAGGAUCUGGUGGAUUUGGAGGGCAGUUUCCCGGGGGCCAUUUCCCACCACACAGACCUGGAAGACCUUUUCCCGGUAGGCCAGGAGGAGGAGGACUGGAACAAGGAGCACUGACUGGAGGAGGGCAGGGUUGUGGGUUCUUCUGCAGACUACCUAACGGUCGAUAUGCGCCCUGCUGUUGACGCCAGUGGAUGUAAUUACAAAAAUAUUGCUUCUAAUUCUUUUCAUCCAAUAAAAGCAGGGAAAUG